AUGUUGGCUAGAUCGGAUGUUAAGGCUCAAUCAGAAGAAGAUAAUAAGUAUGAAGAUAAUGAGUAUAAAGAUAAUGAGUAUGAAGAUAAUGAGUAUGAAGAUAAUGAGUAUGAAGAUAGUGAACACGAAUAUAGUGAAAAUGAGGAAGAAAGAAAAAAUAAUUUAUUAGCACUUUAUGAAGGAAUGAAGUUUAAUACAUAG